AUGAAGAGCAGGAAAAACAACUACACGAUCAAUGUUACAAAAUCAUCCUCCCCACCAACCACUUCAACAACAACCACACCGACUACAACCACACCGAAAGCCACCACACCAACGACAACUACACCGACAGCCAGUCCGACAAGAAGCCCAAAUAUCAAAAUCGACAAAAGUAAAGUUAAAAAUUUUUUCAGCAACAGCAGUAACAACAACAACACAAACAACAACAUAAACAACAACAACAACAACAACAGCGCUACCAGUUUUAUUAAGAAAAGCAUAGCUAACAGCAUUCUAAACAACAACAGCAUCAACAACAACAACAUCAACAACAACAACAUCAACAACAACAACAGCAUCAUCAACAACAACAUCGGUGCCAACAAAAACAACAACAGCAGUAAAGUUGGCAUCGCUGCUACGUUUAAAAAAAUCAAAAGCAUGAAUAGCGUGAAUAGUAGCAGCAACCUACAAGUUAUUGAUUUUGAUACAAAUGAUUAUGGAGCUCUAGCCAAUGAUUGUGCAGCUUGA